AGUUUGGCUAGUAUAAUAAACUAAAUAAAGUAUUAUUAUCUUAAAAGUCAAGACCUAUUAUUAUUGUAAAAAGACAAAAUAAUCAACAAUAUAAUUUACCUAAUACGUUCAAAUAUAAUUCUUUGGUUAUGUUUUCGCAACAAAGUCGGCCCAAAUCAAUGGUAAAGAUCAAGUUCAAACAUAGAUAUCCAUCAUUUUUGAUGGGUUUGGAGCCAAAACAAUCUAAAAAAAAAUUAUCCAAUUUCAGAGGUGAUGAGUUAAUCAAUUCAAGAUAUUCAUCAUUUAUUGCAAUUAAUAAUACAUCCAGUCAUUCUACUUCUAUGAAAAAUGUUGCUAAUGAGAUUGUUGAAGAAAAAAAACUUGAUUCAAAUAAUAGUAAUACAAUCAAUCGAUACAAAGAAAAAGAACAGAAAAUAGUUAUUUUUGAUGAUUCGGUGAUUCAAUUGCCAAAUAUUUUGCAUCAACUCUUAACAGAUACAAAUGACCGCCACAAUCACUAUAAAUGUCUAAUUGAAAUUUUUCAAACAAAAUUUCUCGGCUUUCAACUGGACAACCGUUUAACAAAUUUAGUGACAAUUAUAGAAUCGGGUCUAAGGAACAAAUCUAAUGACAAUGAUGAAAUAGGCUUGUCUAUUAAUAUUUUAACAUUAACAAUCAUUACCAUGGGCAAUGAAUUCAAUGCACAAUUUGAAUCACUAUAUCUAACUUUGCGAGACAUUGUCAUACAUUCACAAUUUCCACCAUCACUACGAUCCAAUGCAGCAAUAUCAUUGAGUAUCGGUUGUUUUAUAACUGAAUUUGGUUGUGAAAAGAUGAAAGAAUUAUUAUUAUAUUUGUUAUCAAUAGGUUUAGCACAAGACCAUAUUCAUAAAUAUGGCAAGCAAAUCAUAUCAUUGAAAUCAUUAUGUUUAAAACUUUUCCUAUUUUUAUCCACCAAGUGUGAUAUUGAUUAUGUGACAAAAAUAAUUGGCAAAUAUUUAGAUAAAAUUUUCAAUCUAUUUGAUUCUAACGAUUCGGAAAUGCGUGUAUCUGUUGGUCUCAUUUUUGUUCAUCUAAUUGAAAGACAUGAUCAUUUGCAAAAACCAUUCCAAUGUGACUUUGGAGAAAAAUUGAAUUCGUGA